AUGACGAACGAUCAAAAUGAAAGAAUAAAUGGACACGAGAAUGGCGGCUCAACACCAACCUCGCCAACAACACCAACUGCUCGAAAAGCAACACAUACACACUUAGGUUUACGUCCAAAGAAAUCAGACAGUUUACAUACACGUUUACGAACUAGCAAUCCUGCUCCAAAACAUGUAUCGAAAAUCGUAGAUGUGACCUCUCCUACAUCACUCACAGCUGAAGGUAGCACUUCAAAGUCUGUUGGAAAGUUGAGCACAAGAAGCUCGAGAAAUCCAAGCUUUAGCGAAGUAUCACAUUCUAGAGAGGAAGAGGAAUACGUAACAACAGAUAUCGGAAUAUACGAUGACCGGGUCUAUGAUGAAUAUUUGGGACCGGUGAUGGGCACAAUUCGCAGAUGGCUAAUACGAUCGCUAGAAUGGGAAUCGCCAGUGCUUGCAAAACAUCAGAAUUUGGUUAGAUCGCCGAAGCUGGACCGCUUUUUCGUCUAUACUUCAUUGGUCGGCUCGCAUUCUUUCUUCUUGAUCUUUUUGCCCGUUUCUUUUUGGCUCGUUUCUGCACGAUUCAGUAGAGGAUUGGUGAAUGUUUUGGCGUUUGGAGUUUAUUUCUCGAGUGCAAUCAAAGACGCCCUUUGCGUCCCACGACCCUACUCGCCUCCGGUCACACGUUUGGUCAUCGGAACUUUUCACCUAGAGUACGGAUUCUUAUCAACACAUUCGACCAAUUGCAUUAGUGUGGUGCUAUAUUGUUAUCUCUGGCUCAGAGAAGUUCGAUUGGCCCUUGAUCCAUCCUCAAUAAUGCAUGGAAUCGGAUGGGAGAUCGGACUUUCGGUUUAUGCAAUUGCUGUGGUGUAUGGCCGUCUCUAUUCGGGAAUGCAUAGUAUCAUGGAUAUAAUCGCAGGUUGUGCCCUUGGUGCACUGGUCACAGCAGCCCAAUGGUUACUUUUUGAACCUCUAGAAAGCAUGAUGGAAACGGGAGGAUUAAAGGUACCAGUUACUUUGUUCUUUGUCGUCUUGAUUAUGGUCACUGUUCACCCUCAACCUUUGGAUGAUUGCCCAUGCUUCGAAGAUGCAAUCGCAUUUUUGGCAGUCGUAGUGGGCAUCUUCCUUAGUCGAUGGAUGAAUCUCACCUUUGGCCUUCUACCAAAACAAGAUGGUCCACUAACGCCCAAAUUCCGCAAUAGCCUACCUCUAUUUGCUGAUAUGCAGUCUCCUUCGGCUGCUUCUUUUAUUAUCGGGAUUGGAAAGAUUGCAAUCGUGAUGACUUUGGGAAUUGCUUGUGUUGUUGCGACCCGAGCAGUUGUCAAAACAAUUUGUAAGAUUGCCCUGCCGCCUGUCUUCCGAUUUGUGCAGGGUACAUUUGGAUUCAUUCUACCUCGUCGCCAUUAUACCUCUUCAACCGAUUAUGCCGCCAUGCAAAAGCAAAACAGACAAUCAGCCGCAUUCGGUUCUGAAGAAAAAGAGUCUAAUGAAAAAUCAAACGGAAGCGUAACAAGAUCGGAUUCUCACAAGAGACAAAAAUCUUGGGGAGGAAAGGGUAACGGAACGGCAGUGAGCGUAUGGCCAACGAAAGCAGAUGCAGAAGGUAUGCGACAAAGGAUGCGAAGUCAUUCAUUACAACAACAAUUAUCACAACAUACAAACGGAGGAGAUGCAGAAGGAAAUACUGUUAAAUUUACCAUGGGUGAUGGUAAAGAUAUUCCUUUCCCGGUCACCCAUCCGAAUACACAAUUGCCCGGUGAUGGUCUUUCGCAAAGGAUUGCCGGCGCUCUCAGCAAUGAAGAACGCGAAAGGCAAAGGCAUGAAAGCACGGCUAGCACAAAUGCUUCCCAUCUACAAGGCUUGCACAAGGUUGCAACAAUGAAUGGAGAAGAGGAAACGUUUGAUGUUGCCCAUUACGAUGUUGACGUGCUAUCAAAAGUAUUUGUGUACACCGCCGUCGGAUUGACUGCCGGUGGUCUAAUUCCAGCAAGUCUCACUUACCUAGGCUUGUUACCGAUCUGA